UAAAUAAUAUGGCAGCUUAUGACUUCAGCGAAAAGAUGAAGGUUACAAUUCUUUAUGAUGAUAGUGAUGAAGACGAUAAAGAUACCAUAAUAUUAUUCAGUGAAGAAGAUUUACCAAAAAACUCUGAUGAAUCAAAGGAUUUGGAUCAGGAGAAUCGUGAUGACAGAAAAAGAAAAAUCGAUUUAAAACAACCCGACAGUUUAAGCACGGAAGAUGCAUUUCCAGAGAAAAAAGUAAAAUCCACUGAAUUUGUUGAUUGUGAUGAAACACAAUCUGAAACAAAAAAGUCUCACGGUGAAGAAAAUAUACCGAUAAAAGAGGUGGUUGAAAAUGCAAAACCCUCUUCAGAAGAAAAUAAUAUGAAUAAUACUAACACAGAAAAAACAAUAAAUAAUAAUGAUGUAAACAUAAUGAGAAAAGAGUUUCAGGAAGUUAGCAAUUAUAUACAAGACAUUUUAAAGACUGUGUCUGAACAUUUGAUUCUGGUUAUCAAUGCUUUUCAAGAACACACUCGAAUUGUAAAUGAAUAUCGAAAUCGUGUUGAUGGCAAUUUUCGAAUACAACAAUCAAAAGCACGAUAUAAUAGUAUAAAGACCCAUGUUUUCCAUUUAUCUUAUUCUGCUGUAGUAUCAGUUAUAUUGGCACAAGAAAACAGCACUGAAUUUAUCGAUGCAUUCUUGAAUAAUACAAUGAAAAUUGCAGACAAAAAAGAACUGAAAUAUACACCGCAGUUUAUUCAACCAUUUUUUUACGAUUUAAUUUUUUGGACAAAACAGAAAAGAAAUUUCAUGGACAGUCAAUCGGCUCUUGCUGUGCAGAAAAAUAAUGAGACCAAUACUGAUAAUAAUCCCAUGCUAACAAAACAACUUUCUCAGCCGGCUGUUGUACCACCAUCAAAAUUAACAAAUUCAUUAAGAAAAAAUAGAAGCAGAGAAAAACGUAAAGUAACGAGUCAUAAUUCAGAUCAAUCGUCAACAUGUCCUCAAGUAGCCGUUAAUCGAGAGCCGCAGACCAUCCCCAUAUUUCGCGCAGGUCCUCCGGAACGAGAGGUUAGAAUUAGUGUCCAGCCAAAUAUUCUUCAGCUUCAAACCAAGCAAAUUACUCAAAUUGCAAGUAUGAUAGAUCGUCCGCCUCCUCCUUAUCAAAUGCCGACUUAUAAUUGGCCAGAGAAUCAUCAUCAUCGUGUGAAUCAGAGCAUUCAAUAUGCAAAUGGCCAUGUUGUGAAUAAUAAUUUUGCACCACCAAAUGCGGUUGUAGUUCCUCCUAAUGCAACUGGUAAUAGAAGUCAAGUCACUAAUGAUAUCAAUAAUAAUUCAAACAACCAAUACAUGCAUGAAUAUCAGAAUUACCAUAGGAAUUCGUGGCCACCAAGAAAUAUGGAUCUACCAAGGCAAUACCCUCAUUUAGCAAGGGAGUUGCAUCCAUAUUAUGGUCCACAUCAGCAGGACUACAGAAAUUAUCAACCGCAACCGGUUUCAAGAGACCAAAAUCACCUUAGUAAUGUACAGAAAACAUGUGAACAGAAUCUACGGAUGGUAUCACAAAAUAAUGUUGCAGAGAGCGGUCGAUCCCUUUCGACUGACAGUGGCUUUAUAAGCCCAUUGCAGUUUAACAGUGGAGGAUCGCCAACGGAACCAGCUGCGCAGAGUCCUCACUUCGCGCCCCUGAUAACCCACGUGACGUCCCUAAACCCUAACGUCGUACAGAUUGCCCAAGGAUCCUGCCAUGUCUGCGGGAAGCCCUCGAAGUCGAAAUGUAUGGGCUGCUACCUCAUCUACUAUUGCAGCUACGAGUGCGAGAGCGCAGACUGGAACAGACACAUGUAUUUUUGUAAGAAAAACAAAGAAACUCAGUGAUUUCUGUAAAACGUUAUUUUCAAUAGUCUUCCAAGUUGAUUGUCACUCAAAGUACAUUUAAAAAUAACUGUAUAACUGUGUUGUAUUUUUUUUUACAUUUGUAUGACAAAUAAAAAUGUUUGUAGGACAAAUAAAAAUAUUUGUAUAACUAUCUAAA